GGCGAGGACCCUGCGACAGCACCCGGCAGUUGCAAGAAGGAGGGCGGACCAGCUGCUGAAACUCCUUUGUGGCGCCAACAUCUGUUAGGGGGGCAGCUCCCAGCCUCAGCACAGAGCAGCCCCUCGCCGCAAAGCGCUGACAGGCCAAACGGGCAGCGAGAGCGGGGGUGGGGGGUUAUGUUAUCCCCAGCUUAGCAAGAGGAAACGGAGUAACUUGGGAUCAGAUGUGUCUAACGCAAUUUCUUUGCAGAUGGGGGUGUAGAGGGGAUCAUUUGGUUACAGUCUGAUGUCUUGAAUGGCGGAGGCUAGAGGACCUCCCCCCCACAACUGUGUUUUGAACCAGAACGCGUCUCAAAGAAACCCCUUUGCCUUGGUUUAGCAGCAGCCAGGGAGGUAGAAGCUGGGGGAAAGCUGUUCCGACGGUUACUUGCCUUCACUGCUCAAGACACGCACCUUAUUUCCAGGCUAAUGGUGGCAGGCUUCAGGUUCCAGCCCCAGGAGCUUGUGUGUUUGCUUGCAGCCAGGAUGCUGAGGUUGGAAGCUAGGCCUAUCAUUACACAGAGAUGGUGGUCCCAGGCUCAUCAGGAACUACAGGCCCCCUCAGUGGGUGGAGAGCAGCCACUACAUGAAGGAUGACUAAGUGUUUUGGAUAAGGGAUGAAAGCACAGGAACGGGAGCACAGGUCAGAGGUUGGUAAGGAGGGCGCCGAGAGAGAUCACUGAGCAGGAAACGCCAGUUAGUGCCUGCUGCCCCUUGAGCGGAUCCAGGGAGUCUGUGGAUGCUGCUUAGGGACGUUCUUCUCGGAGGCGUGCGUGGGCAAGGAAGGCGCCCCAGUUCCCCUCGGCCAGCACCUUCUUUCUGGCUGGGAAUGGGAGUCUGGUCCCAGCUCUGCCACAGAUCUGAAGGUCGCCAGCUCUCCUCCACUCCAUUGGAAAUCCUGCUGUUCCUCAAUGGUUGGUAUUACGCAACCUACUUCCUCCUGGAGAUCUUCAUAUUUGUCUAUAAGGGGCUGCUGUUACCUUACCCAUCUGCCAACCUGGCCCUGGACCUGGUCAUGCUCUUCCUCUACCUUGGCAUCGAAGUCACACGGAUAUUUUUUGGCUCCAAGGGGAACCUGUGCCAGCGGAAGGUGCCACUCUCCAUCAGCCUGGCCCUGACCUUCCCAGCGGCUGUGAUGGCAGCCUACUACCUGCUGCUGCAGACCUAUGCCCUGCGCCUGGAGGCCAUCCUCAAUGCCAUCCUCCUGCUCUUCUAUGCUGUGGAGCUGCUCCUGGGCAUCCUCACCCUGGCCUCCUUCUCCAGCGUGGACUCAUAUUGAGGCUCUGCCUGGGCUGCUUGGUGACAGGCGAGGUGAUGUAGCCCCUGCCCUCCUCCCCCAGUGCCCCUCUCCAUGCUGCUGGGCUGAUCACUGCCUCCAAGGGGUAGACUCAGGCCCUUGGAGCAGAGCUACACAUGGCUGCAGCCUCAUUCCACCUCUGAGCCUUCCUGAGCAGAGCGCCCCACCAGCCUUCUGGAGAGGGUCUGACUUCAUACCCCAGACUCAGCAGCCCCCAUGGGCAUGAGGCAGCUCUCCCCACCCCCAAGCACCACCCUCUCCAACCAGCUGGGCUCCUGGGGCUGCCUGCUUGGGGAGCUGCUGCCUAGUCCCUGGCCUGGCAGCUUGGGUAGGGGUGUGUCUCAGCCCCAGGAUGUGAGGCCAGGGGCCAUGUAGUAUAGCUCCCCACUCCUGCCCCCAGUACUGCCAGUACCUGCUGUGUGUCCCAUUCCAUCAUUGCAGGUGUGUGCAUUUUGGUGUGGUCCUGUCUAUUGCAUGUGUGCAGUGACCACAGGGGAGGCCUUACCCCUCCCCCUCUGGGACCUUUCUGCCCCUCCACGGGGCUAGGGAGGAGGGCUUGGUGCCCCUCCCCCCAGACUCAGUGUUAUUCCCUGUAUCAGUAACUCGUGGCACUUUUUUUUUCUACUGCAUCGUUGGAGGAAUGACUAU